AUGGUAUCAAACAUUACCACUCCUCUGAGUGAGACGAUUGAGAUACCCGUUCGAUCUGGCCUUGGAUUCAAACUUGAGAAAGGUCAAUUUCUGACAGUCAUCGAUCCAAAGGGAGGACAAGUAUCCGACCUCCUAGCUUACAACGCUCAAGACCCAAAAGAGGUCAUAUCUUCAGGUCGCACAUUAGACUAUGCAAGCCGGAUAUUCCUCACAACGCCAGACCCAUUGUACUCGAAUCGAAGCAACGUGAUGCUCCGUAUCGUCGAGGACACAUGUGGACGACACGAUUUCCUACUCACUCCGUGCAGCAAAGAUACCUUCCGAAUCAUCUACGGAGACAAGGAGCCACAUCAAGGGUGCUUUGGAAACUUAGCUGAAGCAUUACAGCCUUUUGGAAUUGAUGCGGACUGCAUACCUGUCGCGUUUAACUGCUUCAUGAAUGUUCGGGUAGAUGGGGAGACAGGGGAGUUGAAGGUCGAUCCGCCAACAAGCAAGGCGGGUGACCGUAUUGUGUUUCGCGCAGAGAUGGAUUUGAUCAUGGGCCUUACAGCAUGUUCGGCAUUACAAUCCAAUGGAGGAUCGUUCAAACCUAUUCAUUUCAGGAUAGAUGAUCACAAGCGUUGA